CAUGCUGUACGGGCUGCCCUGCUUGCCCCAUCCUGUCCUGCCCUGCCUGCGCCCCAUAGCCUGUGUCCCGUGCUUUAGUCUGAGACUCCCUAUGCCACUGCCCCCCAGAGCUGCCCCCCAGGGCUGCCCCCAUCAAGGCCACCAUCUGUCCCUGCCUGCAUUCUGCACCCACUGCCAGGCCCCUGCCGUGAGCCUCAUGGAAUUCCUGGGCCAGGCCAACCCUCCCGCAGCGUGCCUGGCCCGGGCUCAUGGAGCUGGCAGCCCCGAUGCUGGCGGCUGCUACAGUAGGCCAGCACGGCUGCGGAACUCAUCAUGGUGUCAGCCGCCCCCGAGGGGCACCGUGGGGGCCAGGGCUGGCCCUGCUGCGCAGGCAGAAAGCGUCCGGCAGCGGCAUGGCAGGGAUGCUGCUGUCUCUCUGCCUGCUGCUCCUCGCUGCCGCCCUGCAGGGUGGGCUGACGCGGGCGCCGGGGCUCGCAGGCCGCCCUGGCCCCUCGCUCCUGCGGCUGCGGCGGCUGGAGGAGCAGUUUCGCCGGCUUCGAGAGGUGACACUGAGCCAUCUCCAGAGCAUUGCCAGGAACUACAACAUCUCCUACAACAUCGAUGGACGCUUCCAGACGCUGACGGAGCAGGCGGAGGCAGCUGCCGCUGCUCAGGCUGCCCUGGGCACUGAACUGGCCCGCUUGGCCACGGCCGGGCGGCGGCUGCACCGCAGGCUGAAGCGGCUGGAGGGGAUAGUGGGUGCCCUGAGCCAGCCGCACUGUCUGCUCACCUAUGCGCCCGGUGCACCAGUGGAGGCUGGCACUGAGCUGCACAGCCUGCCCAAGCUGGAGCAGGAGCUGCAUGGCCGGGUAGCCCCAAGCAGCCCCAGCACUCAGUGCCCAAAGGUGAGGUGGUGGCAGCGGCACCAGGAGGAAGGGAACCAGCUGCAGGGCAGUGCCAGGCCCCACAGAGUAUCCGAGGAGGAUGUGGAACUCCCUGGUGAUGCUGCACCAGCAACUCAAGCCAUGUCACCUGCACUCUCCGCUGUGACCAUGGUCCCCCAGGAGCACCCAGGAGAGGGUAGGUACAGGUUCCCUGCCCCGGCACCCACCUCCCCAGCCUGCCGCGCUGGAGCCAUCCUGCUCUUCCCCAACUCCUCUGCCAAGGACACGGCUGUCCUGGGGCUGGGGCCACGCUGGGGGCUGCGGGCACUGUCACUCUGUGCCUGGCUGGCCACCUCAGCCCCCUGCCUUGGUGCCCUCCUCUCCUACACCACUGAGGAUGGUGGCAGCGAGCUGGCCAUGCGUGGCUGCGGUGGGGACCUCCCCGGUUCCGCACGCUUCAUCAUCGGGGACAGGCAGUUUCGGGAGCUCUCGGUGAUGCCAGUCCUGGAUGGCAAGUGGCACCACUUCUGCCUCACCUGGUCAUCGAGCAAGGGCCAGUACCGCUUCUACGUGGACAGGCGGCUGCUGGCUGCCGGCUCUGACUUCCAGCGGGGCUAUGAAAUUCCCACUGGUGGUUCAUUGGUGCUGGGCCAGGAGCAGAACCACUUUGGCAGGCACGUCAGCACUGCAGAAGCUUUUGUGGGCCACCUGGCUGGCUUUGCUCUCUGGAGCCGGGCUCUCCUGCCUGGCGAGGUGGCCAGCAUGGCAACUGGCCGGGGGCUGCCCCGCAGCCCCCUCCUCACUCUGGCCGAUGCUUCCCUCCAUGGCGGCGUGCAGAGGGUGCUGUGCCCCUGUGACAAGCCUGGCGGUGGGAAUGGUGCUGGCUCUUGGUGGUCACGGCCAGCUGAUGGCACCAAUGCUGGCACGAGCUGCGUCCUCCUGGAGGAACAGGACACUCAGCAGAGAGGACACCUCAGGACUGAUGGGGAAAAGGGAAAAGUUGUUUGACAGUGAUGCCAUGAAAAAGGCCAAGCUCAAUAAUCAACACCAAUGUGAUUAUUAAGCAGGUAUUGCUUUAAUAAAUAAUAUGACACCGGACACACAGGGAAUCAUUUCACCUAAUGUGUGUGCCCGUUGAGGCUGGUUACAGGACUUUUAUACUGGUUAAACAUACAUAUUCAUACAGAUUCCGAGAAACACUGGUUACAUGUCCUGGAAAUAUUGGUUAAACAUACAUGGAACUCAUUGUCAUAUUUUAUCACCCACUCUUGAAUGUACAUCACAGUUCCUUUGUGCCUUCAGAAUCUCCUGAUGCUCUUUAUCUUAUCUCCUUUCUCAUUGCGUCCUCUUGGUGAGCUCAGGUCUGUCCUUUGUUCCUGCUGGGGGACUGUUCUUGUUUCAACUAGUAAACA